AUGGUGAAAUGCACAGCAAGAGACAUCGGGAAGAUCAGGGAGGUGCCCCUCCCAGGGUUGCCCGUGAACUUCCACACCCUGGCCCAAAACAUAUCCUUCAUAUUCAGCGCCGUCGCCAUCAUCACCAGUUUCUUCCUCAUGUCGCGCCAUGCCUCGCACUACACCAACCCGGAUGAGCAAAAGCAAAUCAUUCGCAUCCUCUUGAUGGUGCCGAUAUAUGCGUCCGUGUCCAUGCUCUCCAUCCACUACUACGAAAAGCACGUCUACUUUGAAGUCAUGCGCGACUGCUACGAGGCCUUCGCCAUCUCGAGCUUCUUCACCCUGCUGUGCAACUACAUCACCCCCGACCUGCACCACCAAAAGGCCUUCUUCCGCACCAUCACCCCCAACAACUGGGUGUGGCCCAUCCCCUGGUUCCAAAAGUGCACCGGCGGCGAAAACAAAGGCUGGCUGCGCAAGCCCGCGAGCGGACUCACCUGGUUCAACAUCAUCUACAUCGCCGUCUUCCAAUACUGCUUCAUCCGCGUCUUCUUCACCCUCGUCUCCGUCGCGGCCGAGCACCACGACGUCCUCUGCGAGGACUCGCUCUCGCCCCGGUACGCCUACCUCUGGGUCCUCAUCUUCGACUCGGCCGCCGUCACCCUCGCCAUGUACUGCCUCAUCCAGUUCUACACGCAGCUCCGCGGCGACCUCGCGCGGCACCGGCCCUUCCUCAAGCUGCUCGCCAUCAAGCUCGUCAUCUUCUUCUGCUUCUGGCAGAACGAGCUGCUGUCCGUGCUGUCCAGCGCCGACGUCAUCGCCGAGUCGAAGUAUCUCGCCUACGGCGACAUCGAGGUCGCCCUGCCCAACAUGCUCAUCUGCGUCGAGAUGGCCGCCUUCGCCGUCAUGCACCUCUUCGCGUAUCCCUGGAAGGAGUACGGCGUGCGCAAGGAGGACGGCGUCGAGGUCGUGCUACGCGUCGGCAUGGUGCGCGCGCUGGCGCACGCGCUGAACCCGUGGGACGUGGUCAAGGCGUUUGCGAGGGGCUGCAGGUGGCUGUUUGUCGGCUCGAGGCAGCGGCGGGCGGAUCCGUCGUAUCGGCUCAAGGCCGAGGCCGCCGCGCCGUCGUCGUCGCUGGAUUCGGACGAGGUGCCGAUGCGGCCGAAGGGUGGUGAUGGGGGGAGAGAGGAGGUUUGA